AAUAUUAUCUUUCGAAAGUCAAGACACAGUACUUACAGAUAAGACCAAAUAUAGCAAAGAGAUACGGAGUGUUAUCUUAAACACCAAAACGGAACAAACAGACUACAUAAUAUUGGCCGAAAUGAAGAGUCCAAUUAUCGUCUUGCUUUCAGCCCUGGUUUUCCAAGCGCACGGUGCUUGUCAGCCCGGGUUCGAGUCACUGGGGGAGAACUGUUACAUCAUACUGCACGUGCAGGCCUCGUGGGGAGAGGCGUUGCAUUACUGCCAAGCAAUGGGAGCCUCACUAGCUGUCAUUCGGAACAAACAGGAAGAGGCGCUGAUAGAUGGAUACAUCCAUCGUCAACAUGACCACAUCCGCACCAGUCAGCUCUGGAUUGGGGGUACAGAUCUUCUUCAGGAGGGGAUAUUCCUGGCCCCUAAUUCCCUGGAAACGUUGACUUACUUCAACUGGGCCCCUGGCGGGCCGGACAACGUCGGUACGGGCCAACACUGUAUGUCAAUUUUCAAGGACGACGCUCUGUUGAGAUGGGAUGACAACAACUGCGAAGUUAAAAACUGGCCUCUUUGUCAAAGGGAUCAGCUGGAGAACACGAUUGUUGUGGGAUAAUUCGCGUUAAAAAUAAAUAUCAUAAUUGAUA